UCAAGCAAACCCACCAAAUUGUUCGACCAGCAGCACUCCCUCCCCGUCUGGAUCGCGUCGCACGUGCUGCUUCCCUCCUCGUAUGCCUCCGCAGCUCCCACCCUCAACCUCCGUCUGUUCGACUUCCUUCCUGCCCCGUCCCACAUGCACCAAAUCCUGUUUCCAGUCUACCGGCAAAAGAAUAAAAAAAUUCCUACCUCUAGACAUCUCAAAGCGAAAUAAAAAUGAUCCAAUAGUCGCGGGCAUAGAUCUCGACGUUUUUUUUUUCUUUCUUUUGACUUCUCGUCUAUUUCCGUUUCUUUUCAUUUUUGUUUUCUUUUUAAUGAGUGAGUCGUAAGAUUUUUCGCUUGCUUUAGCAACGUGGACGGAAGCAUGCCAAGCGAACGAGAGCUGUGCUUUGCUCGCCAUUGACUUGAUCCCUGGUCACUCGUUCCGCGAACAAAAGCCAAAGCCCUCUUCCUUGUUUGCCGUGUCUGAUCCGAGCAGAGCAAGGAGGAAACCGAGGUUGUGCAAUGGCGAGCGCUUUCCUCUCUUCCAUCCUAUCAAAAACCAGCCAAGUACUGGGCUUUGCUCAGAGAUCGGCAGUCUCGCCGUCUUCGUCAUCGGAUCCACGCAGCAGUGUCCGAAAAGAUCUGGAGAAGCUGGAGAGAACAUUGAAGAGGAUCCAGGCAGUGCUCCAUGAUGCGGAGGAGAGGGAGAUACGAGACGAAUCCGUCAAGCUCUGGCUGAAGGAGCUUAAAGAAGUGGCUUAUGAAGCAGACGACGUGCUGGACGAGUACCAGUACGAGGUACUGCGAGCCCAAGUAAAAGGCCGAGCUUCCCGCAAGAGGAAGCGAGUGGAAGGGGUCGACGAUGGGGAGGAGGUUUCAAUUCCGGACGGCAUGGGGGAUAGAAUCAGGGACAUCAGGGAGAGGCUCAAUGAGAUCUUGCGGGAUCGGGAACGCCUCCGUUUAAAAGAGGAAGAUGGAGAGCGACGGGUCCUCGAAGUUCCAUACCCCACACCAACCAGCCACAUGGUGGAUGAGUCGAGUAUUUAUGGAAGGGAACGCGACAAGCAGGAGGUAAUUGAUUUGCUGUUUUUCGAGGGUGUGGGAAAUGGUGUCUCCGUCAUUCCGAUUGUCGGCAAGGGGGGACUGGGAAAAACCACCAUCGCCCAGCUGGUCUACAAGGACCCCAGGGUAAAACAAUAUUUUGAUCUAACUGGAUGGGUUUGUGUAUCCGAUGAUUUUGAUGUUCCAAGGCUAACAAAGGCCAUCAUUGAGUCUCUUCCUGGAAGUUCAUGUGAUUCUACACAACUAAGCAAACUUCAAAAUUCUCUCAAGGAAAAGCUGAAGGGGAAGAGAGUGUUGCUGGUGCUCGACGACGUCUGGAAUGAACAGCAAAGCCGUUGGGAGAGCUUAAGAAACCCCUUCCUUGGUGCAGAAACGGUGACAAUUAUCAUGACCUGUAGGAAUGAUUCGGUCGCCGAGAUCAUGCAGACAGUGCGUCCUUAUCAUCCUCGCUGCUUGUCUCCAGAGCAGUCUUGGGCAUUAUUCAGGCAUUAUGCAUUCGGUGGUCGAGACCCUCUACAACAACCAAGCUUGGUGGAUAUGGGUAAGCAGAUUGUCCAUAAGUGUUCCGGUUUACCAUUGGCUGUGAAGUCAAUAGGAAGCCUUCUGAGAUACAUGGCAGAUGAAGAUAGCUGGAUGAAUGUCAUACAAAGUGAGAUAUGGGAAGUCGACGAGAAGAAUGAGAUUUUGCCAGCUCUUAGAUUAAGCUAUAGCCGCAUGCCAGCCCGUCUAAAACCUUGUUUCGUUUAUUGUUCCAUGUUUCCCAAGGAUUAUCUAUUUGAGAAAGAUGAAUUAGUCCGAUUGUGGAUGGCGCAAGGUUACAUCCAGACAUGUGGAGGUAGAAGAAGUAUCGAAGACAUUGGCACUGAAUAUUUCAUUGACUUGCAAAGAAGAUCGUUCUUUGAUUUCCAUCAUUCUAAGUUUUUUAAGAUGCAUGAUAUGAUGCAUGAUCUAGCGAAAUCUAUUGCAGAAAAUGAGUGCUGGGCAAUUGUGGAUAAGAAGCUACCUGGGCUCCCCGAUGAGGUUCGCCAUUUAUACGUGCAAGUGAAAGAGAUAUUUGUGAAAUUACUAUGCUCGUAUAAUUUUAGCGCCUUACGGACCUUGUUAAUCCAGUAUUGGUAUGGAGAUCACAUAGCAAACGCAAAAAUAAUCAAGAAUCUCCCGCUACUAAGAUGUUUACGGACUCUACAGUUUUGUUGGAAAAUAAAAGAUGAGAUCCCAGAUUUACUCGGGAACCUGAAGCACCUACGCUAUUUACGUAUCUCAUCCGACACAAUUGAGAAGGUCCCUGAAUCAAUAUACGUCCUUUAUCACCUACAGAUAUUGUUUCUUGAUUGCCCGAAUCUUGCAGAGUUGCCAGAUGGCCUAGGCAACCUUACUAACCUCCACCACCUAGAAUUUGGGAGCAAGAAAAUUCUCUGCCUGCCAGUUGGGAUCCGAAAACUAACAAAACUUCAGAGCUUUCUUGGAUGUUAUAAAUUGCAGGGUGGGAUAGGACGGCUAAAGAAUUUGGUGAACCUCAAAACUCUCAUCAUCUCAGGGCUCAGGAACGUGGUCAACAUAGAGGAUGCCAGGGAUGCCGGUCUUAAACACAAGCAUAAACUUCAGAAGUUGGGUCUAUAUUGGAAUGCGGUCGGCUGCAUAAAUGAUCCGUAUCAUAAGGAGCAAUAUUAUAGAUUACUACAUCUAGAAGCUUUUUCAGGGGGAAAUAAGGAUGUCCCAAUGGAAGAAAAAUGGGAGGAAGCCAUGCUCGAGUAUCUCCAACCUCAUGCCAACCUCAAAAUGUUGCUUAUACAUGGGUAUGGUGGUUCCAAGUUUCCGGAAUGGGUGGGAAAUCCUUUCUCCUUUGCAUCACUUCAAGAAAUUUAUAUAAAGGAUUGUGAAAAAAUAAGCUCCCUUCCUCUAUACAUUCAUGACGACUCUCUUGGAAAACUAGAUGCACCCAUAUCAAAAUCCAUGCUUGAGAGGGUGCACAUUUCUGAUUGUCGGCAACUCACAUUCAUAGCAGGGCUGCAUCAUCUCCACUCGCUUAAAGAUCUGAAGAUAUACAAUUGUCCUCAACUCCGGCUUUUAUCAGAUGAAGAACUGCCAUCCAAUCUUCAAUAUCUGCAUAUUGAGGAGUGCCAACAGUUGACAUCACUGCCGAGGAUGCAAAACCUUACUUCUUCCAGAAGAUUAAUUAUACAAAAUUGCCCUCAACUUCAGCUCUUAUCAAAUUGGCUGCCAUCCAUUCUUCGAAAUCCGUUUUUUGAGGAGUGCUGCUACGUGGGGAUGCAAUUACUCCCGAGGAUGCAAAUCCUUACUUCUCCCAGUAGAUUAAUUAUACACAAUUGUCCUCAACUCCGGCUAUUAUCAGAGGAAGGACUGCCAUCCAAUAUUCAAGAUCUGCAUAUUGUGGAGUGCCCGCAGUUGAUAUUACUACUGGGGAUGCAAAACCUUACUUUUCUUGGAAAAUUAAUUAUAAGAAAUUGUCCUCAACUCCGGCUCUUAUCAGAGGAAGGACUGCCAUCCAAUCUUCAAUAUCUGCAUAUUGAGGAGUGCCAACAGUUGACAUCACUACCGGGGAUGCAAAACCUUACUUCGCUCGAAGGAUUAAUUAUAAAAAAAUGUCCUAAACUUUGGAUCACGACAGAAGAUCGACUCUCAUCUAUGCCUAAAGAAGUGAAAAUUGUUGAUUGCCCUGGAUUGAGUAACUGGUGCCAAAUACAAAGAAUCGAGUGCAUUGAGGUUGCUUCAGGCAACAAGCUGACUAUAUCGAACACAUGGGAGAACAUAAUGAGUGGGUUUGAUGAUUUGACAUCCAUUGAGUAUCUUUAUUUCGGUAAUUGUUGGAGAUUCCAAAUGAGAAGAUUCCAUAUUUUGGUACUUGAAGAGCUGACUAUAUGGGGUUGCACAGACUUCCCACCGCUAUGGUACCUGCCCAGGCUCCCAUCUCUUCGAAGCUUGGUCAUAAAGGACUGUCCGAAAAUCGACUACCUACCAUCUUCUCUUUUCCCAUCGACGCUUAAGUCGUUGGUGAUUGAUAGUUGUGAGGACCUAAGGGAUUUGCCGUUGGCGGAGAAGAAUCGAGAUGCAUUUGAGGAGCUGCAGCUUGCUAAUUGCCCUAAACUCGAACUGGUGCGAGGGCUGAAUUUCCUUUUCUUUCCAAAAAUCUUAAGAAUAGAACGAUGCCCUCAACUCUGGUUUCCACAAGAUGAUCGACAGCCAUCUAUUCCUCCAUGUGUCCAAAUUGCAGCAGAUGAUUGCAACAUGGGUCAAUUUCUACAGCUCGGGCUUCCUUCUGGUUGCUGCUCGCAGUCCCCAGUACAUAACAAUACAGAACCAUCGUUCCAGCGGACAGACAAUAGUGCUGUAUCUCCAAUAUCUGAUGAUGCAACUGAUUGCAACAUGGGUCAAUUACUACAGCUUGGGUUCCCUUCUGGUUGCAGCUCACAGUCCCCUGUACAUAACAAUGCAGAACCAUCGUGGGUUCAGGCCACAAGCAUCUUCAGGUUUGAUUUCUCCACUAUUGUGGUUGUCUUUGUUGAAAACGCCCCCUCCAGCCCCGGCCGCGGCGGCGUCGCCGGUGAUUACUUCUUUAGCGCCCCCACCAGCCCCAUGCACUUCAUCCUCUCCUCCGCCGGCGGCGGCGGAGGCCGCUUCCCUUCCGACUCCCCCGACGCCUCCGUCGCCGGCUCCUUCGAGUUCGAAUUCUCUGCCCGAUUCCCCUCUGCUGCCGCCUUCGCCACCGGAUCCAUGACCUCCGCCGACGAGCUCUUCCUUAACGGCCAGAUCCGCCCCAUGAAGCUCUGCUCCCACCUCCAGCGGCCCCAGGUCCUCGCCCUCCUCCUCGAUCUCAACGAAGAAGAAGACGACGACGAUGAAUCCGAGCGUCACCCGCCGGAAAUGGCCGUGAGGGGGCGGGAUCUAAAGCUCCGGAGCCGAUCGAUCCGCCGGAGGGCCAGAUCCCAUUCCCCGCUUCGGAACGCGCCAAUCCAAAUCCAAGUCCAAACCUCCGCCGCCGAUUCCUCCUCCCUCCGCCUCGGCCGCCGCUGCUGCCGACUCCUCUUCUUCCGCCAAUCCUCCGCCUGCCGCCGCGAUCUCGGGGGCGGAGAAGGCGAAAUCGAAGGAUCCAUCGCCACUGGUCGGCCGGUCUUCAAAGAGAACGGUGGCGAAGCCGAAGCCGAUUCCUUGAUGAAUAACACCUCCACUUUGCAACUCCGGGAGCCAAGAAACAGAAGGCCAUUUAUGUUGUUUCAGUGCAUGGGCAUGAAUGCCCUAGUUGUUUGUGUUUUGGCUUCUUCUGAGCUGUUUCCUGCAGCUAUUCAAGGUUUCUAUUGGCGUUCACUUGAAAACAACAUGUCCGAGCAGAGCAAGGAGGAAACCGAGGUUGUGCAAUGGCGAGCCCUUUUCUCUCUUCCAUCCUAUCGAAAAACCAGCCAAGUACUGGACCGUGUUCACAGUUUGGCAGUCUGGCCGUCUUCAUCAUCGGAUCCACGCCGCAGUGUCCUCAAAGAUCUGGAGAAGCUGGAGAGAACAUUGAAGAGGAUCCAGGCAGUGCUCCAUGACGCGGAGGAGAGGGAGAUACGAGACGAAUCCGCCGUCAAGCUCUGGCUGAAGGAGCUUAAAGAAGUGGCUUAUGAAGCAGACGACGUGCUGGACGAGUACCAGUACGAGGUACUGCGAGCCCAAGUGGAAGGCCGAGCUUCCGGCCGCAAGAGGAAGCGAGUGGAAGGGGACGAUGAGGAAGAGGUAAGUGGUUCUCUUUCCACCAUAGUGGUUUCAAUUCCGGACGGCAUGGGGGAUAGAAUCAGGGAUAUCAGGGAGAGGUUCGAUGAGAUCUCGCAGGAUCGGGAACGCCUCCGUUUAAGAGAGCAAGAUGGAGAGCGACGGGUCCUCGAAGCUCCGUACCCAGCACCAACCAACCACAUGGUGGAUGAGUCGAGUAUUUAUGGAAGGGAACACGACAAGCAGGAGGUAAUUGAUUUGCUGUUUUCCGAGGGUGUGGGAAAUGGUGUCUCCGUCAUUCCGAUUGUCGGCAAAGGGGGACUAGGAAAAACCACGAUCGCCCAACUGGUCUACAACGACCCCAAAGUAGAACAAUAUUUCAAUCUAACUGGAUGGGUUUGUGUAUCCGAUGAUUUUGAUGUUCCAAGGCUAACAAAGGCCAUCAUUGAGUCUCUUCCUGGAAGUUCAUGUGAUUCUACACAACUAAGCAAACUUCAAGAUACUCUCAAGGAAAAGCUGAAGGGGAAGACAGUGUUGCUGGUGCUCGACGACGUCUGGAAUGAACAGCAAAGCCGUUGGGAGAGCUUAAGAAACCCCUUCGUUGGUGCAGAAACGGUGACAAUUAUCAUGACCUGUAGGAAUGAUUCGGUCGCCGAGAUCAUGCAGACAGUGCGUCCUUAUCAUCCUCUCUGCUUGUCUGCAGAGCAGUCUUGGGCAUUAUUCAGGCAUUAUGCAUUUGGUGGUCGAGACCCUGUACAACAACCAAGCUUGGUGGAUAUGGAUAAGCAGAUUGUCGAGAAGUGUUCCGGUUUACCAUUGGUGGUGAAGUCAAUAGGAAGUCUUCUGAGAUACACGGCAGAUGAAGAUAGCUGGAUGGAUGUCAUACAAAGUGAUAUAUGGGAAGUCGACGAGAAGAAUGAGAUUUUGCCAGCUCUUAGAUUAAGCUAUAGCCGCAUGCCAGCCCGUCUUAAACCUUGUUUCGUUUAUUGUUCCAUGUUUCCCAAGGAUUAUCUAUUUGAGAAAGAUGAAUUAGUCCGAUUGUGGAUGGUGCAAGGUUACAUCCAAACAUGUGGAAGUAGAAGUAUAGAAGACAUUGGCGAUGAAUAUUUCAUUGACUUGCAAAGAAGAUCGUUCUUUGAUUCCUAUCAGUCUAAUUUUUUUAAGAUGCAUGAUAUGAUACAUGAUCUAGCAAAAUCUAUUGCAGAGAAUGAGUUCUGGGCAAUUAUGGGUAAGAAGCUACCCAGUCACGAUGAGGUUCGCCAUUUAUACGUGACAGAUGAAAAGAAAUUUUGGAAAUCACCGCGCUUGCAUAAUUUUAGCGCUUUACGAACCUUGUUAAUAAUGCCUUGGUUUGGAUUUCUAACAACAAUCUCAGAAAUAAUUAAGAAUCUACCGCUACUAAGAUGUUUACGGGCUCUACAAUUUUGUUGGGAAAUGGAAGAUGAGAUUCCAGAUUUACUCGGUAACCUCAAGCACCUGCGCUACUUACGUAUCACAUCCAACAAAAUUGAGAAGCUCCCUAAAUCAAUAUGCCUCCUUUAUCACCUACAGAUAUUGGCACUUAAUUGCCGGAAUCUUGCAGAGUUACCAGAUAGCCUAGGUAACCUUACCAGCCUACGAUACUUUGAACUAAGCAUGACUCGUAUUAGAAGGCUGCCUGGAACAGUUUGUCAGCUCCGCAACCUACAGAUGUUGGUUCUUAAGGGGUACAAGGGUCUUGAGGAGUUACUCAAUGGCAUAGGAAGCCUUACUAAUCUCCACCACCUACAAAUUCGGAACGGGCAAAUUUUCUGCCUGCCAGCUGGGAUCCAAAAACUAACAAAACUUCAUAGCCUUCUUGGAUGUUAUAAAGUGCAGGGUGGGAUAGGAGGGCUUAAGGACUUGGUGAACCUCGAAAGUCUCAUCAUCUCAGGGCUCAGAAACGUGGUCAACAUAGAGGAUGCCAGGGAUGCCGGUCUUAAACGCAAGCAUAAACUUCAGAAAUUGGGUCUACAUUGGAAUGCGGUCGACUGCAUAAAUGAUCCGUAUCAUAAGGAGCACUAUUACAGAUUACUACAUCUAGAAGCUUUUCCAGGGGAAAAAUAA